GUGAGCAGUUUGUAGCUAAGUUCACGUACUUAAAUAGGUUAUUUGAUGUCUGUCAAGUUUCUUCCUAAAACAUUUGUUACUUCAGGCAGGAGGAAGUAGUUUCGUAUCGUUGCGAGCAAUUUUUAUUCACGUGCCACUUAAAAGUCAAGUGACGAAUUGGUAGAAAAUGUGGUGGUAGUGAUGCGCCUGAAGGGGAAAAAUAAUACAAAAUCGUUCCACAGUGUCUACAGGGUGCUUUCUCGUCUAUGUCGAUCUAUGGAUAAAGGACAGCUUGAUGGUUUCAUGGCGGAUGGUGUAGCACCCACUUUGAAGAAUGGCCAUAACUCUAACAUGGGUUUUACUAGUCAGCAAGUGAAGCAGUCAUCUGAAGUUUCUAGCAUUGUUUAUACUGUAGGACAAUAUCCGCCGAAGCUUCUACGCAAUCUAAAUGCGCAAAGACUGGCAAACAAAUUCAGCGAUGUAGGCCUGAUAGCUGGUGGUAGCAUUAUUAGAGCACACAGAUCGGUUCUGGCUGCUGGCAGUGCCUACUUCAAUGCCAUGUUCACUGUUGGUUUGGUCGAAGAACAACAGGAGCUAGUAGAGAUUCAUUCAAUCUCAUCUCACAUCCUUUCUCAACUAGUGGAUUUUAUUUACAGCGGUAAUGUGGAUAUCACACAGGACAAUGUGCAAGAGCUGUUUGCUGCUGCUGAUAUGCUUGAGUUAGAUGAUGUGGUGUCUGGCUGUAUCUCCUAUCUCAAACAGCAACUACAUUAUUCUAAUGCUCUUGGAAUUUACAGAUUUGCAGAAGCGCAUAACAGACUGGAUCUUUUGGAGACUGCCCUACGCUUUAUAGAAGUCAAUUUCCCUCAAGUCUGUCAGGAGGAAGAAUUUCUGGAUUUGCCCAAAGAACAUCUUGUUCAUUUUCUCAGUAGUGAUUACAUACACAUCGAUACCGAAUGCCAGGUCUUCCAGGCCGCAUACAACUGGAUCGUGCACGACAUCCCAGCGCGGAGAUGCUACGUGUUUGAGAUCCUCGGCCACAUACGCUUGCGAUUGUGUUCAUUAGCGAGGCUGGAGCGAAUUAUCCUGGAGUGUAAAGACGCUAGUCUCAUCGUCGCGCUUCGAUCAAUACAGAAGGAUUUAGUUUCGAAUAAAGGUUGUUUGGUGCCUCUUCAUGCCCAGCCCCGUGUCUGUGCUAGAAAGAAUAUCUUGGUAAUUGGCGGAUCCAAGCGAGAGCACUCCGCGGACAGCUGGGGCAGAACCGCCGAGAGUACUUACGAGACUAUUGAGAAAUAUGAUAUAUUCACUGGAGAAUGGAGCGAAGUGGCUCCGAUCAGCAUAGGACGCAUUCUACCGGGAGUAGCUUUAUUGGAUGGCAAGGUGUACGUUGUCGGCGGUGAGUUGGAAUCCUGCAUAAUCGCCAACUGCGAGUGUUACGAUCCUCGCGACAAUGUGUGGAGUUCGAUUGCCUGCAUGGAGGAGCCUAGAUGUGACUUCGGUCUUUGUGCCUUGGAUAACUGUUUGUACGCAUUCGGUGGGUGGGUAGGCGAAGACAUCGGCGGUUCCAUCGAAAUAUAUGACCCGAUCACCAACACGUGGACUCUCGACGGUUAUCUGCCAGAACCACGAUUUAGUAUGGGCGUCGUCGCAUACGGAGGACUAAUCUACAUUGUGGGCGGCUGUACUCAUAAUAGUCGGCAUCGUCAGGAUGUAAUGGGUUAUAAUCCCGUGACAAGAGAGUGGAAUUACUUGGCCCCGAUGCUCACACCACGUUCACAAAUGGGUAUUACAAUACUCGACGGAUAUAUGUACGUUGUUGGUGGUACCAGUAAAAAUCAGGAAGUUUUAACCUCAGUCGAGAGAUACUCCUUCGAGAAGAACAAGUGGAGCAGCGUAGCUCCUAUGAGCAUGGGCAGAUCGUACCCGGCGGUCGCGGCCGCCGACAGCCGGCUCUACGUCAUAGGUGGCGACCAGUCGCGGGAGAUCAACUUCUAUCGCACGCAAAUCACGAUCUCCACCGUCGAGUGCUACGAUCCCCACACGAACAAGUGGCACGAGUGUGCUUCCUUGCCUUCGAGUAGAGGUGAGGCAACGGCAAUUGUCGCACCUUUCUGAUCGACAUUUCGCGGGAGUUCGGUUCGUUCGACUUUGUAUCGGCUCGAUAUUGUCGUCUCCUCUUAGUUUUUGAAUCUGUCGACGCUUCUUUUUAUUGAUAUUUACUCCGCGUUAUUCAACUUCACGAAGAGCGUUGUAUCCAUUAGAUAGAUAGUCGAUCGUGUUAAUCUAAAAAAAAUAUAGAGCCGUUGAUUUUUUUUUUUGGAAAUACUUCGCGUUCACUCUUUUUAAAUACUUUUAAAUACUCACAUUUUUUAAAUAUUCCUGUACUGAGAUAUUAUGUAUUGAGGGAUUAAGUUGUAACUAAAAGAAAAGGAUCACUACCAUUUCUCACGAAUUAUACAGGGCAAAUCAAUGUGUUAAAAGGAGCCUAGAAUCCGAGGAAUGUAGAAUCUAACGAAUCUGAGUUUUGAAAAGGCUGGGAUUAACGGAACUAAAAUCUAAAGGAUUUAAAAGAUAUAAGAGGAUUCAUUUUUAUAACUUAAAGAAAGCUUGAACUCAAUGCAUUCAAGAUUUAAAUGUCUUACACUUUAGACAUUUGAAGAUUGUAAAUUCUUGCAAUGUAUUGAAAAAAAAAGAUAAAAUUCAAGCGCAAUUACCCAGCGCUCAAAGGUAGGGUCCAAAUCAUUCCAAUUUUCAAAAAUUUCGGAUCCAAGUAACGGGACAUUUAAAGAGUCUACAAUCCAAGGAAUAUAGGAUCCAAGUUUUUAAAUACUUAACUCGAUCGAAGUUCCAAGGAAUUUAAGAUCCAAUAAAGAUUCCGAUCUAAUAGGAAAUAUCAUCAGAAAAUACUUGCUAAUUGUAUAUUAUUUGAACGUAUGAUGCGUAUAUGAAUUGGUAAUAAUCUUGAUUCAAAGCUGUAGAUAUUAGAUUCCAUGUCUUUUAUCACUUGUUUCACAAAUCAGGUUAACAUGCGAAUGGAUUUGAAAUUAACAAGUUCGUAAUGGUAACAGCAUAUAAAAAUACUUGAAUACUUUUAUUAAUUAACGACAAGCAUUAACGAUGUGCGUUAGGAACGACUGAGCCUCUUUAUAUUCACAUACUUUAUAGUCACAUACCAAAGUUUUAUUGUAAUUUUUAAUCGCUAUAAUCACUAUAAAUAUAACCCGCGUUAAACAUAAACGUAUAAGGAACUGUAAGUCGAAUCCAAAGAUAUUCAUCCUUGGAUUAUAUAAAGGGUCUAAAGAUACAAGGGUCUCCACAAAAUAAAUAUUAUCACAGAAUUUUAAAAAAUUCACAAAUUUUGGAGAUAUAAAUCUUCGAAGAGAUUUAUGCUUCUUCAAACAUUCAAAAAAAUAGAAAAAAUUCAAGAAUCUAAUAAAUCUUAGAGAUUAUAUAUUCUUGUUUUGAUAUAAUUAACAAUUUAGAAAUUUGAAAAUUAAUUACAUUAUUUGAAUUCAGAAUGUUCAAAUAAACAGGCAUACCAGAAUCUGACUGUUCAAUCAUUCAGUGGUCCUUGGAACUUUUAACUCAUAAUACUUUGGAGUCCCAGAAUCUUUAAGGAUUCCAAAAUAUGUAUGUUAUUAUUAAGAUAAUGUUUCUUAUAAUUAGCGCGCGAAACUGCGGGCAAUGUUUUGUAAAGUAUAAGGUCAUGUUUUAUAAAAUCGUUCUAAGAAUCGAAGAAUCGUCGGUCUCUAUAAUUAAUUGUCCAUGUAACAAUUUUUCCAUUGUUCGAAGUAUGAUGUUUGGUGUUACAUGAACAUAUUCAUGAAGAGAAUUCAAUUAUUCUACAGUUUUUCGACACAAGAUAAAUAUAGAUAAAAUGGCUUUGUUAGACCCUA